ACGCGCACGGUGUCUUCCUGAAGCAGGACGGUGAAUACUCGGAACACGACGUCACCAACUGCCUGAAGCGAUUCUUCCGCAACCUGUCGGAGCCACUGCUUACCCAAGACCUCUAUCAGCUGUGGAUGCAGACAUCAGAGGUUGCCGUGGAGAGUGCCAAGCUGUCGAAAUACAAGAGCAUCAUUAACGAACUGUCGGAGAUCAACUACCAGACGUUGAAGAAGUUACUCUGUCACCUUAACAGUAUCGUGUCGAACUGCUACCAGAAUCACAUGACCGUCACGAACCUAGCCGUCGUGUUUUCGCCCACCAUCAUGAGCAUGCGGCAGGAGGACGAGCAAUUUCCGGAUAAGCAUGAGCUUGUUGUUGUCAUGGAUUUGAUCUCUCACUACAGAUACCUGUUUGAGGUGGAUCCCAAUGAAAAUCAAAAGGACAUGAUAAUUCGCCAGAAGAUGGAGGAGCUGCAGCAGUUACAGAGCGUGAAAGCUCAAAAUGCGGGAAACUUCCACAUUCCAUUUUUCAUUCACAACCUGGAAGGAGAAUCAAACAACAUACAAGUGUCAAACUACACAACGGCUCAAGAGAUCGUCGAGUUUGCUAUUAACAGAAAAUGGUUGUCAGGUGACCACAGCAAGUGGUCAGUUUAUGAGAUCAUCUGUAACCAAGAUCUACAGCGCCCUCUACAUUAUGCAGAGAGAGUGUUUGAGGUUGCCCUCCAGCACUCACAGUUUCCGUGUUCGGAGAGUAACGCCCUCUGCAUCAAGCCCAACUCUCUCUAUAGGGGCGUUCUGAAUCUCGCGGAGCAGCCGUUUUCGCUGUUCAGUGAGAUCUUCUACGGCGAUAGACUGAAGCAGUUUCGUAAAGCCUCGGCCGAAUUCAGCAACGCCAAGCUCACCAUCUACAAGAGUGCUGAGGGUCAACGCAAGCUAGGAACGUGGAACAUAGAGGACAUCAAGUGGUAUAUCGGUGCCGAGAAAAGUCGAAUUCCGCCCACUCAGUGGCCAAUCACAUUCCUGGAGCUUGAUGCGACAAGAAAACAUGAUCAGUGGGCCAGCAAAGGAUUUGGGAAGGUCAUAUCCUGCCUGUCGUCCCAGGAACGGGAUAAGUGGGUGGCAGCCAUGUUGCUUGGACAGUAUCCACGUGACCUGCUGCCACCAGAAAAGCUCAUUGACAUUUGAAUGCAUAGUGUUUGCGCGUUAAGACGACUGGUCCGCACCAUGACGUAUGAUCGCAAGUCGGGUGCUAUCUGCGAAAGGAUUUGUAGCUUUUUUAUCUUAUGGAGACAUCAUUGCAAUAUUUGGAAAUUUUCAGAGUACGUUCCAGGAAAGUAUAUUUUCGUACGUAUACUUGUGAAUUUUACAUGUAUUUUUUAUUUAUGCGAGACGAUUCUUUAAGUGCAUGCGUUCGUUUGGCUGUCAUUGUGACUAUACUGGCCUGAAGAGCCAGUGUAAAGAAUUUCAAUGCUCAUAUGUACUUAUUUGCAGGACAAAUUGUGCAUACUGCUGUGUAUCAGAUUCUCCAGUGUGUAAAACACUCGCAUAAAUUCACUGAUUCGACUUGGGUCAAAAGUUAAUCUACUUGGGUUCAAAGAUACUAGGAAUCUGUUUUUGACUCUAGAUCAGGUUUAUCUAAUCUAUCUCGAGUGAGUAGGAACUGUCAUUGUGUGUGGAAAAACGAUGGAAAACCACAGAAAUUAGUCAUACAGUGAUAGGCAUUGAGUGUAUACUGGUGACAUUCUAGUACUUGUAAACAGGUAAUGAUUUAUCAACGCUACAACAAGCGGACUAGCUGGUACUUGGAGACAGGCUGUUUUAAACAUUUCACAAACACACCAGUUGUGCAUGUACACACACACACACACACGUGAUUCAAUUUCAGUUUUCAACAAAAUUUACUGGUAACAAUUGCAAGUUCAUGGUUAGUAUGUGGAGCAUGCAAGCAAAAGUAUUAUUUUUAUGUGUACAGUAUGUAACCAAUUCUACAUGUGAUUAUUUAAUAAAAACUAUCAAUUUUA